AUGCCAACUAUAAAAGCUGAAAGUAAAGGCACUACACUUCAUGACAUCAAGGGGAAAGAUAAAACUUCAUCAACACCAACAGCCACGACAACACCGUCGACACAAGAGAAUAACGAUAACAAACAAAAAGGUGACUCUGAAAGAAGAACAUCAAAUCUCAGUGGUGGACGAAUGGGUAAUAUAAGAAAUAAAUUUGAAUCUGGUGAAGUUAAUAAUGACAAGAAGAAAACCAAGAAGAAAUCUGCACCUAAAAUGAAAUAUGCUGGUGUAGAAUCAGCUAAGACAAAGUUUAUUGAAGAGGCUACAAAAGCCACAAUGGGGAAUACAGAAAAUGGGCCGAAAAAACAGAAAGAGUUUACACCUCCACCAGAUGGUGUUGCUGUCGGUAUCUUGGAGAGUAAUCCAAAACCAAGAGCACCAGAUGUUAUCACCUCGGAUGAUAUGUUUGAACCGGUAGACUUGAAAGAAAUCAGUGAGAAAACAAAAAAUUUAAGAGCUAAAUUUAAAAAUAUGGAAGCUACUGGUGGACAGAGUUUGGAUGAAGAAAAUCGUAAAAAAAGUUCAUUUAUUGAUGAAUCAAUUACAGUUGCACCAGAAGCAACAAGAACUGCUAGAGCACGUUGGAAAGAUAUUGAAAGUGGAAAAGCAGAUAAAGAUAUUUCAUCAGAACGUGCAAAACUUGAUAUACAUGAAGGUUAUGGUGGUGUAUACGAAAAUGAACCUGAGAAAUUUGAAAAUAUUGCUAGAGCUGGUGAUACAAAGAAAGAUUUACCAUCUGGUGUCAGUGCUAAAGAAAGAAGGGAGUUAUUCUUGAAGAAGGCAGCUGAUGCUUCUGUUGUGAAAAGAGAUAGUAUAAAAUUGAUAGAUAUUAAUGCAGCAGAAAGUGGAAUUUAUGAGAAUGAACCAACUCGUCGUGAUAAUGUAGUACGCUAUGAUGAUGACUUAGCAGAUGAUUAUCCAAAAAAUUCAGUCAAAUGGGCAUCAGAAGCUAAAAAUAGAUUUAUGCAAGAAGCGUCUAAAAGUCAAGAAAGUACACCACGUAAUAAGACAAUUUUAUUAGUUGAUGAGAAUCAUACAAAUGGUAAUGAUGCAGCAGCAAAACAAGCACGAUAUGCUUCACAAGCGAAACAAGCUUUUCUUGAACGUCAAAAACAAUUAGAAGAAGCUGAAAAAAAUAAAAGUAGACCAGAAAUAAUUGAUAUAUGGCGAGAACAAUGUCCACAUAGUGGUGUAUUUGAAAAUGUACCAGCUGCACAUACAGCUGAUGUUGUAGUCAGUGAUGACUCUGAAGAAGAAGAAGAGGAUGACGAAGAGGAAGAGGAAGAGGAGUGA